AUGGCACAGACCGCGGGUGAAACAGAGCCACAUAUAGCAGUGCUAGUGCUCGAUACCCCCAUCGCGGGCAUCACGGACAAGUACGGCGAUUUCGGCGACAACACCAUCGACCUUUUGACCAGCCACUGCCCGCCACGUCCCCCCUACAAGCUCAUCAAGUACCAAUUGAAACACGACGACGUGGAAGAGCUCGAAGCGGCAUACGCCCGUCUUCUCGCUAGUAUCCACAACCACAAGAUCCGCGGGUUCGUGUUAACGGGCUCGCGGAGCGAUGCGUUUGAAGAGUAUCCCUGGCUAGUGCGCUUCAGGAAGUUUCUCCGGAAUACCAUCUUCAAAUUGCCGUGGCCCCUCGUGGGGAUAUGUUUCGGCCACCAGGUCGUGGCGCAGUGCUUGGGGUGCAAGAUUGAUCGUAAUACUCAGGGCUGGGAAGCUGGUAUCAUCACUAUUGACAUUAACGAUGAGAUUUACAAGUUGCCACACUCGCCUUUUACGCAAUUGUACCGCAGAGAAGAAAUCGAAGUCAAGAAUGAUGUCGUUGGUGGCGGUGCCAUUGAAGGUGAGCGAGAUGAAGCUAUAUUGUACCAACACUUGAACAUGGUCGAAAGCCAUCGAGAUAUCGUGUUUGGUGGCGUGCCCAAUGGCUUUUUGAAUUUCGGGUCCACGAGCAAAUGCCCCAUUCAAGGAAUGGUUAGUGUGGGUAGUAAGGGGGAAAUGGGGAGACAAUGCAAAGUCAUCACUUUCCAAGGCCAUCCGGAAUUCACUACUGAGAUUUCUUUGGAUAUUUUGAAAAACAUGUUUGAGCGGGGGAGUUUGACUCAAUUGGAAUAUGAAAAGGCCAAAUAUCACACCUCCACGUUGAACAACCAGGGCGAUUUGAUCGGCAAGGUCAUUUGCAAGUUCCUAAGUCAGGAGAUUGAAGCUGUUGAGAGUAAAGAGAGCGGUGACAAGUAG